AUGGAAGAGCUCUUUGAACAGGAGAGAAAUGCGCGGACAAGUGGUGACAUAAAAAAGCUGGAGGAGAUACAGCAAGCUAUCCUUUCUAACUGCCAUUCUGAGGAGGAGGUCAUCUCCACUCUUCGCCUCCUCAUAAACAAAAGGAAGCAGGAGCCCGAAUGCAUAAAAAAACUAAUAAGAAACGUCUUUGACACACACAGAGAUAUAGGAUUUCUUAAGAAUCUCCUCAGCAAGGUGGUUGAGGGUAGGAUCUUCUUGGAAGAGGAGAGGGUUGAUAUCGCUGAGUAUGUUAAGAACGCAUUGGGAAAUAAUAUUCAGGAGAGCUAUGCCUUGGUCAAGGACAUACCAGUUGAAACAUUUACUACCAUUUCAGACAGGAAGAGAAAUAUGUUUUUGUUUGAGCAGUUUAGACUCGCCCUACUGCUGAAGAAGCUGGAUGAUGCCGAGCUUACUUCCCGGAAGGUUCGAAGAAGUUUUUUAACAAAUGAAGAAAAGAUCAUCUUUCUAAACUACAGCAUUCUCUUAAAAAUAGCACAGAACCGCUUUCUCGAAGCUUCGGAGCUGUUUUUACAGCUUAAUGAGGUUGACGAGUCCAAGAAGUAUGUUGCGAUGGGCUCGCUCUACUGUUUAAUGAGCAGCUGCUUGGCGGAGGACCGAAACAUUAUUGACGAGAAGAAGAGUUUGCUGAAGAAGUUUUUUGAAUUUAAAAAUAAUGAUGAGGCCAUGAGGGUGUAUCUUAAGACAUUCUCUUCAGAUCUGAUAAUUGAUUUUGGCACAAUUGACGAGAUCUCGGCAAGUAUUUCAAAGUAUGCCGGCGAUGUGAGUCAAACUUUGCUCGAGACAAGCAUUAUGGAGCACAAUCUUUUUGUGAUUUCAAGGUUUUUCUCAAAAAUUAAAAUUGAACAGAUAGUCAAGGUGAUGAAUAUUGAGGAGGAAAAUCUGAUUGGUUUUAUCAGCGAAAUGGUGAACGAAAAGUACUGUAAUGUCAAAAUCAACCAACCACAGCGAUUGGUAUUCUUUGGGGAUAAGCAUUGGAACGAUAGCGUUGAUGACGUUUUAGAUAAGAUUGUUCUUGUAAGCCAUUUAAUUCACAAGCAGUCUAUUUCGGAUAGCUAG